AUGUUGUCUCUUCGAUCCAUCAUCAUGACCCUCUUUCUUUUGGCAAUGCAGCCAAUGGCGAUGCCCUUGAUGAGCGCGAACUACACAUGUCCAUCCAUGAAGGUCUCCAGCUUGGCCGACGAAAACGUUCUUUCCACUGUUGACUUUGUUGGAACAACCUUGGAGAUGGGAUCAACCGUCUCCUCUUUCUCUCUUGUGGAGUUCAUCCAAUCGAUCAACUACGAAUCGAUCAAAGCUUUUGCAGAAGUCUUCAACGUGAAAUACGAGGCCCUUACUCAAGAAUUGUCCCCUCCCAUGAUGUCUACCAAGUUCGAGCUCUUCAAUGAGAAGUUCGAGGCAUUCAUCCAAUCGAUCAACUACGAAUCGAUCAAAGCUUUUGCAGAAGUCUUCAAUAUGAAAUGUGAAGCCUUCGCCGAAGCAUUUUUUGAUGCCAUGAUUGCCAAGUUCGGGGUCUUCAUUGAGAAGUUCGAAGCAUUCAUCCAAUGGGUGGCUCUUGAGACCUCCGAUACGAUCUCUUCCGGCUACCAAGGGGUCUACAAGAAGCUGGAAUCUUCUGCCACUCACCUGCUUGCUGCAGCUCCAGCUUGGCCCAUCGGUAGCUUUGACCCUGAGUCCACUAUCAGAGAUGAUUUUGACAGAGUGGAAUCCUUCUUCAAGGGCCCAUUAGUCUCAGCACCAGUUCCACCAUUGCUAUUCCUUGAGGACGCUCAAUCGAUUGCAAUGAAGGUCUUGGAUGCCAUCUCUUUUGGUGCUACAACUCUUUCUCUCCUGAACCAGAAAAAUUGGAGCUUCAUAUAA